GCCGCCGCCGCCGCCGCUAUGGCUCGGCCUCCGCUCCCCGCUGCCGCCCCCCUUGCCUUCCUCCUCCUCGUCCUCGUCCUCAGCGCCGUCGCCCCCGCCGCUCGGUGCUCCACCGCCGGCGUCGGCUACGUGUCCCGGCUCCUCGAGAUUCAGGACCGCGAGCGGGCCCCGGCCGCGGUCCAGCUGGCCGCCGCCCGCGGCGCGCUCCGGCGGCUGCUGCCGUCGCGCUACUCGAGCUUCGAGUUCCGGAUCAUUUCUAAGGAUGAAUGCGGUGGUGAGAUUUGCUUUGUGAUCACAAAUCAUCCUUCGUUCGCCAGACGUGGCGUCCCUGAAAUACUGAUUUCUGGAGUAACUGGGGUGGAGGUCUUGGCUGGUUUACACUGGUACUUGAAGUACUGGUGUGGUUCACACAUCUCUUGGGACAAAACUGGUGGUCUGCAGACGCAUUCAAUGCCAAAGUUUGGUUCUCUUCCCCGUGUUCAUGAUGCUGGUGUCAUUGUUCAAAGACCUAUUCCUUGGAGUUACUAUCAAAAUGCUGUUUCAUCAAGCUAUUCUUUUGCUUGGUGGGAUUGGAAAAGAUGGGAGAAGGAAAUUGAUUGGAUGGCUCUUCAAGGGAUCAACUUACCGCUAGCAUUCACUGGGCAAGAGGCUAUUUGGCAAAAAGUUUUUCAGCAGAAGUUUAACAUUAGUACGUCAAAUUUGGAUGAUUUCUUUGGAGGUCCUGCAUUUCUUGCCUGGUCCCGCAUGGGAAAUUUGCAUGGAUGGGGUGGACCACUACCACAGAGUUGGUUAGACCAACAAUUAUGUCUGCAGAAAAAGAUUCUGGAAAGAAUGUAUGAACUUGGGAUGACACCAGUCCUUCCAGCCUUCUCCGGGAAUGUUCCAGCAGCACUAAAAGAUAUAUUCCCUUCAGCAAAGAUCACUCGCCUAGGGAACUGGUUUUCUGUUGAGAGUAAUCCAAGAUGGUGCUGCACUUAUCUUCUUGAUGCAACUGACCCCCUCUUCGUUGAGAUUGGACGGGCAUUCAUUGAGCAACAACUGAGAGAAUAUGGAAGAACUGGUCACAUUUACAACUGUGACACCUUUGAUGAGAACACUCCACCUAUAGACGAACCAGCAUAUAUAUCUUCAUUAGGUGCUGCAAUCUUUGAAGGAAUGCAGAGUGGUGAUGCUGAUGCAGUCUGGCUGAUGCAGGGAUGGCUGUUUUCUUAUGAUCCAUUCUGGAGACCUCCCCAAAUGAAGGCACUUCUACAUUCUGUGCCAUUGGGGAAGCUGGUAGUCCUUGAUCUCUUUGCUGAAGUGAAACCCAUAUGGAUUACUUCGGAGCAGUUUUAUGGGGUUCCUUACAUCUGGUGCAUGCUUCACAACUUUGCUGGAAAUAUUGAGAUGUAUGGGGUGCUAGAUGCUGUAGCAUCUGGGCCAAUAGAAGCUUAUAUGAGUGAAAACUCAACAAUGGUUGGUGUUGGAAUGUCUAUGGAGGGCAUAGAACAGAAUCCUGUUGUUUACGAUCUCAUGUCUGAGAUGGCAUUUCAGCAAAGGAAAGUCGAUGUUAAGACAUGGAUCGAUCUAUAUUCAACUAGACGAUAUGGGCAAUCAGUUUCUUCAAUAAAAGAAGCAUGGAACAUCCUUCAUCACACGAUCUAUAACUGCACUGAUGGCUUAUAUGACAAGAAUAGGGAUGUCAUUGUGGCUUUCCCUGAUGCUGAUCCUUCUUCAAUUUCAUUCUCACAAUUGAGGUAUCAUCGCUAUGGCAAGCCACUAUUUAGAGGAGCAGUGCUGAAUGAAAAAACUGGUUUGACCGAUGAGCCUCAUAUGUGGUACUCGACAUCCGAAGUGGUACGCGCACUAGAACUUUUCCUUGCAGGUGGCGAUCAACUACAAUCUAGUGACACUUACAGGUAUGAUCUUGUCGAUCUAACAAGACAAGCUCUGGCGAAGUUUGCAAAUGAGCUAUUUUUGAAAGUCAUAGAAGACUACCAGCGACAAGAUGCUUAUGGAGUUGCUUUCCAUAGCCAGAAAUUCCUGAAUCUUGUUGAGGACAUGGACACACUCUUGGCUUGUCAUGAAGGAUUUCUUCUGGGUCCUUGGUUAGAAAGUGCCAAGCAACUCGCCCAAAAUAAAGAACAGGAAAGACAGUUUGAAUGGAAUGCAAGGACGCAGAUAACAAUGUGGUUUGAUAACUCAGUGGAGGAAGCAAGUCUACUGCGUGAUUAUGGAAACAAAUAUUGGAGCGGACUGCUAAGAGAUUACUAUGGUCCACGAGCAGCUCUUUAUUUCAAAUUUCUGAAAGAGAGUCUGGCGGAGGGCCAUGAUUUCCGGUUGAAAGAAUGGAGGAGAGAGUGGGUAAAGCUUACAAAUGAUUGGCAAAAUAGCAGAAACCUGUUCCCAACACAGAGCGUGGGUCAUGCUUUUCACACAUCGCAGUGGCUAUAUGACAAAUACUUGAGAGAUCCCGACACAUACGAUCAGUAGCUGAGACUGCAUAAAGUGCCAAAUAAGGCCUCGGAGGAUCGACUGUGAAUUUGCUAAUCACAAUAUCAUUCAGUCUUCGGUGUUGUGUAGCCUAUGUGGUGUUAUGUAGCCUGUGUUCAGGUUCUAGUUGUCCGCAGUGGUCUCUUUGUUAACUGAAUGCAAGUUCAGCUCGCGUCUCUUCUUCUCUUUGUUGUGAACGAUAAGAUGUAAUGGAGUUCUUGCAACUGUGUUCUUGGGACCAAAAAUAUAGUGAAAUUCAUUACUGGCUAUGCCUUAUA